AGAGUUCCCUCCUUCCUUCCAUCAUGAGAGAGCCUGAGCACAGUAAGCAGGCAGCAGGAGUGGGAGCGUGGUUGUGAUGAUGCAUGCAUGUUUGUUUUGGUUCUAGCUGACUGGGACUACCAGAGAGGGGAGACACCAAACAAGGAUCAAUACAUUGUAGCACCACUUGGAGGAGCCACUGCUGCAUUAGAUGCUUCAAGGAGCACCCUUCCUGAUUAACGGUGCAAGUGAGCCCUGCCUUGUUUCCGGAGGUUGUGCACACCAUGCAAAAAAAUGACCUGUCUGUGGAUGACACCCAGCGGGACAGCGUGUCUGACGAUUCGACGGACUCCCCAGAGCUGGGUCCUAUCACCUGCAUGGAACCCUUCCUGGUGCGGCGGCUGUCUUGCCGCACGGUGCAACUGCCACCUCUGGCCUUCAGACAGGCCGAGCAGGCGUACUUUGAACGCAAAGCGGAAGCCGAUCCGGUCACCGUUCCUCCCCGGCCCAACAGUCUCCCACUUCGUACGCCGCCUCUCAUUGCCAUCACCUCCGCUGACACCAGCAGUCACUCCCAUCGGAUGCGCUUCCUCCCUCACAUCCUAAUUGAGCGGCUCCACCCAAAUGUUUUCUCAGGAACCGCCAUCUCAUCGACAUUCCUCUUGGCUCGUUUUGUGCCGAGCAGCAGCCUGUGUGGAAAUAAUGGCGGAAAUUAGAUUUUCAACCCAUUGACAUAAGACGCCAGCACAUUCGGAUCAAGAAUACUGAUUUUCACAUUUGACUAAAAAAGAACUGGGAGAUGAUCGCUGUAGUUGAGAUCCAAUAAAGAAAGUCUGUCUCCAAAGUUGCGAGAAGCACAAUACAUAAAUAAGAUAUCAAGCUUGUGUGCUAUUGCGAGUGAGGAAUGCCCUCUAGCAUAUUUCCCCUGAGUCACUUUUUAAUGAGACUGCAGGACUGUCCAUCAUAUU